ACAACAGACAGACGGAAUUUUCGGAAAUCGGUAAUUCCCUUCUCGUGUUGGAAGUGCUUUGAUGAAGUUACGCAUUUUUUUUAUAUGUUUAUAACUGUAUUCUGUGAUCUGCAGCAAUUUUAUUUUCAAAAAAGUAUCUGAAUCUCGAAAUAUAUAUAUAUAAGGAUUUUAAAAAAUGGAUUCCUGUAGUGGAGGAGAUAUUGACAAUCAUGAUGUAAACAAGACAAAAUCAAACGUAGAUGGUGAAUUUGCCAUGGAAGAUUUUAAAGAAUCUUUGUUGAAUUGUGAAGAACAAAUAAAUUCAGCUGGCAAUGAAAGUGAUGAAGAGUACAGUGAUGCCAAAGAUGUGUGUUCUGAUGAAGAGCUGGACAUGGAUGAGGAAUCGAUUGCUGACAGCCAUAAAGAUCUUUCAGAUGACCAAUUAGAGAAACUGAAAGAUGAAGCUGUUGCAUUGAAAAAUAAAGGAAAUGACUGUUUCAAAAAUGCUGACUAUAAAGAAGCUGUAAAUUUGUACACUCAAGCUUUGAACACAUGUCCUUUAAAAUAUCAAAACGACAGAUCUAUUUUGUAUGCUAAUCGAGCUGCUGCAAGAAUUAGCUUAGAUAAAAAAGAGGAAGCAGUGUUGGAUUGCAAUAAAGCCAUUGAAUUGAAUCCAAAUUACCUUAAAGCUUUAAUAAGGCGAGCUCAGCUUCACAAAAAAAUGGACAACCUUGAGAGAGCAUUGGAGGAUUAUCAAAAGAUAGUAGAACUUGAUCGCAACAAUGCUGAGGCACGUGCUGCAUGUGCGACUCUACCUGCUGAAAUAAAUGAAAAGAAUGAGAAGCUGAAACAGGAAAUGUUUGGUAAACUAAAAGAAUUGGGAAAUAUAUGUUUAAAACCCUUUGGGCUUUCGACUGAGAAUUUCAAGGUUGUUCAAGAUCCCAAUAGUGGUGGCUACAGCAUAAAUUUUCAGAACAAUACGUGAAACAUGAGUUAGUGGGAAAUUUAUUUAACUGUAAAAAUAAUUUAUCUGUUGCAUGUAUCAUACAGUUAUUUCAAUAUGCAGCAAUUUAACUGUAAUUCCAGUAUAAAUAAUUUUAUAAGCAAUCUUCUUUUCUAUUGCAAAUCAAUACUUCUUUUGUAAAAUAUGUCAGAUGUUUAGUCAUUGUAUAAUAUAUGGAAGCAAUUAAAUGCAUGUUAUUCUGUGUUAUAAAUUAUUAUAAUCAUAAUAAAUUAGUUAUUGACUUAUA